UUGCAGCGGCACUUGCCAGCUCCGGUCCGCAGCUCACAACAGACAGGUCCCAUCCGAGUAACCGCCAUGGAUGUCUUCAAGAAAGGGUUCUCCAUUGCCAAGGAGGGUGUGGUGGGUGCCGUGGAAAAGACCAAGCAGGGAGUGACAGAGGCGGCUGAGAAGACCAAGGAGGGGGUCAUGUAUGUGGGCAACAAAACCAAGGAGAAUGUGGUACAAAGUGUAACUUCAGUGGCUGAGAAGACCAAGGAGCAGGCCAAUGCCGUCAGUGAAGCUGUGGUCACCAGUGUCAACACGGUGGCCACCAAGACCGUGGAGGAGGCAGAAAACAUCGUGGUCACCACCGGGGUGGUGCGCAAGGAGGACUUGGGAAAACCUGCGCCUGCACAGGACGAGGAGGCCAAAGGGCAAGAGGAUGAGGAGGCCAAGAGUGAAGGAGACUAGGAGGCUGCCAUCAACCACAGAGGUCCAAGGGACACCCCUCUACCUUGGACCCUGUUCCCACCUGGCACAGUAAGUGCCCUGCGUAGAGUGCCCUGCAGGUUGCCCGCGUUCUCUGCUCCCCAGCUCGGUGCCACAAGCCUGUCCACGCACGCACGCACGCACGCUACUGCCAGCGCCAGCGCCCCCUGCUGGCUCCUCUUGCCCUAUGGUCCUUUGGAUCCCACAGUUCAGAUGCCGCUGUGAUUUCUUUCUUUUUUCUUUUUUUUAAUGAUUCCAAAUAAAACCUGAGUCCCACUCCCA